AAAGGAACAAAUUUUGUAUCUAAGGUUAAAUCGAUAAAAGGCCUUUACUUUCUUUUUUUUUCUCCCAGAACCAGGACAAAUUCAGAGGAACUUUAUCAACAACAGAAUAAAAGGUUUUCCAGAUUCAUAUUACCUAUUUUUUAUAUACAUUACACUUUCACUCCCUUUUAUUCUGGGCUCACCUUUCCUAUCUUUUUAUUUAUUUAUUUUUUUCUUCAUCUUCUACUUCCUAUCACCACUUCUAUUCCGUCUCUCUUUCUGCCUCUUACUUUUACAAAGAUAAUCCCUAUCAUCUUCUCUGUCUUUAUUGUCUCUCUCUUCUAACAUCAUCAUCUUCUAUGAGAUCAUCUCUUCUUUACCAGAAGCUCCCAUAAGAUGGUUUAUCCUUCGCUUGUUUCUUUCUGUCUAUGAAUAUGUUUCUGUGUUACCUUUAUCCUCAUCUUCUUUCAUCUUUAUCAUCAUUCACUUGUUAUUCUCAUCCGCCUUCUUCUUUACAUCAUCAUAAUUAUCAUCAUCACUCUCAACAACAACAACAUCAUCUUUACUUUUGAUUAUCUGGUGACCACCAAAAUUACCAACAGCUAAAGCUUCAUACAGUUAUCCACAUUGGUUUGUGCAAAUUUCCUAUCCACUGGUUUGGCUUUAUUCUUCCUGAUCUCCGUGCUUUCUGUUAGUGCUUGUUGAAGCAUGUUGUUGUUGACUAACCGUUGGUAAACAGCUCAAAAACAAACCAAACGAUCUCUGCAAUUCUACAUUUUCUCCUUCACUCUGUCUUUUUAUCUUUUUUGCCUCUCUUUUACAAUUUACUUUGUCACUUUGACAAAACCACAUUGUCUCUUGUAUACUGUUGUCUACCAAAUGAUUGUUCAACAUAUUCAUUUCAAUCACUUUCGUCAGCUAAUCGUCAGUUGAAAAUAUAAACAUCAUCUUGUUUCAUUAAUGUUUAUAAGGAUUGUUAACUUGAUUCGGGCUUCAUUCUGUUACCCAUAAUCUUGUGAAUUUGCCAAACCUUAACAUUUCUUCAACCAUUGUGAUCCAGAAGGUGUUUCCAUUAUAGACAACCUAAAAUUGUUGUUUACUCGUCUAUCGGUGUAUUUGGUCCUCUUUCGGAUGUCAGAUCGGAUCAAAAAGCUAGCAAACGCUUAAGGAGUUUCACUGUUAACACCAACACCAAGAGUAACAGUUAUCAUUUAGUCAUCACCAACAGAAAGGCAACACCAUAAAUUAUAAUCUAUUUUCCUCGUCAGUAUUUACUUUCUUCUGACAGUCUAUCUGCAAUCAUCACCAACCACUCAAAUACUCAAACCUCACCAAGCUGUUUUUUGUAAAGAUGAUCUGAAACUGAAAUAUCAUUAACGCUAUUAUCAUUCACAUUUGAAGGCGGUUUGAAUCUUUCAUAGCAAUCACAAUCAACAUCUCCACUCUCAGCAUCAUCAUUAUCACCAACACUCGUUUACUUUCCUUAUAUUUGUCUCUCACUCUCACUCACUCACUUUGUACUAAUAUUUCAUCGGAAAUCAAACUGUGUUUCUCCUCGUAAUUGUAUUGUUUAAAUCAAUACUGUCCAAGUAACCUAAAGAAAGAUUUAAUUGCCAAAUCCACCAUUAAAACUCGCACCAAGUCAAUUGAUCAUUAAACUUCAAGCAUCAAGUACUACCUUGCCCUUGACUACUGACUACCACUUCUCUACCUCAAGAUACACAACAAGUACACUUCCACCGAUUUCCCUCUCAUUGUUACUGGGAUCUCUUCUUUGUCCAAUGAUGAUAAAAAUGUUCAACUCAUUCAUACUCCAUUUAUAUACAUCAUUUAGGCCUCAGUCUGUGUAGAUUUAACUGGAAAUAAAAGCCAUUUUGGUUCAAUGAUUUCAUUGAUUAAUCCAAUGUGAAUACCGUCAGCUUUGUUCUCGACACACAACUUAUUAUUUGGACAAUUACUGUUUCACUUGGUUAUCUCGUUAACUCUCACUGUUUGAUUAAAGUAAACAAAUUUAUCAAUUCCAACUUCGGAUUAAUUUCUUGUUAAUAUCUCCAUAAUUAUAAAUGGAUCUCACACCAUCUGGUAAACCCAAGCUAGGUUAUAGCUACCCAUCAGGUCAACGUCGUCAAGGACCAGCUCCAUUAGCUUCUUUUGAAGACUUGCCUUCCGAUGAGCAGAUAAGUCCGGAAGCUGACGGUGAUGAUGACAAUACAUUGCAAGAUUUAUCACCAGGCCCAGAAGAGUUUGACCAUAUUUUAAGCUUCGACAGUAGAGAUGUGUUGACUCAGCCUUCACCUCAUAAACUUGUUGGACCAAGAGGAGUCAAUGGAAACAAUGAAGGAUUUCAAAUUAGUACAAAUGGAGUGUCAGUCAUGCAAUCGACGAUUGCAAUUAAUAGUGAUAAUGCUUUGCUGUCUCCUACCUCUGGCCCAGGCUGGUCAUCAAAAACUGUCAAUGAUCUUUCUAUUCAUCAUACUAGUGGUGAAGAGCAAUCUUCAGCUAGUGGUGAAGUUACACCAACUGGUUAUAGUAGUCCUCUUGUACCUUAUGGUUAUGAACUAUCGUCUAGUAGAUGCAGAGAUAAUCUGACGGUGCCAAGUGAUGAAUCGGGAGGAGAAAAGUCACCUAGUCCUGAUUCACGGCGAAAAGGUUCUUGGACAGAUAUUUUCUUCCGAGGAAGGAGUCGCUCUCGCUCUAAAUCUCCCAUUGGAUCCGAGUGUUCUCAAAAAAGUCCUGGUUUUGAACAGGAAACUGUACCGGUGGAAAAGGCCAAAAAUAAGAAAGGAUUCUUCUCUUUUUUAAAGGUUGGACGAAAAAGUUCAACCUCUUCUGGUACGGUUAAUGGACCAUCCCAGGCACAGUCAUCUUCAUCAUCAACAGCCAAUCAAGCCAAUAAUUCAGCUUCAGUUUCUACACCUAGUCAAGAAAAUGAAUCUAUCUCUUUUAAUGAAAGAAAUGGUAAAAAUGCCAACAAUUAUGCUUCCAACUAUACAAGCUUAAAUGAAAGUAAUAAUAAAAGUAAAGAAAACUGGACAAACAUGAGUACCACAAAAUCAUCUAAAAGUGAAAAAUGUGAUUAUGCGCCUUCUCAAGCCAUGGUUAGUGGAGAAAAUGCAGAACUUGGAAAAUUACGUGAUGAAUUAACAGUAAUACAGGAUCUCAAUGAGCCCAAAGAAUCUCAACAGGAUAUAAUCAAUAUAAUUGAACGAGAGAUAGAACAAAAAAUGUCUGCUUUUAAUGAAGAUAUACAAUUAGAUUUACCACCUGAUUUACAGUUUGACGAGUUGCUUAUAUCAUCUAAAGCAAAUAUCUUAUCCACAAAUCAACAAUCUGAACUUGAGUCUUCCUCAAAUAUAGCGUUAGAUGAUCCAACGAACAAUAACAAUCCACUACCACAACCUAAUUUAACUAGAAAAUUGAUAACCCGGACCGAUACAAUUGACGAUGAAUGCCAGAGUUUACCGAGAAGUUUCAAGACAAAAGACCUUGACUCUUCAUUAAAUAGAACCACUGAGACUGUAGUUGCAACAAUUGAACAUAAUUCUUCAGAAAAAGGUUACUCUUCUGGAUCUGAUCUUGAAGAAAGUAGCGCUACAUUAAAUGCUGAAUCGGGUAAAAAAGCAAGUUAUCUCAAACGUCAAUCUUCCGAGACAAGUGAAAUUGACUUUGAAGCUGCCACACUGCUCACUCAUGAUUCAAUUGAUUAUGAAGAUUACGAUGGUCCAACGGAAAUAAUACUCAGUCCCGAUACUGAGGAUAAAAUAAACCAUGAAAAUCGAGCCUCAUCUCGACGGAGGUUAGAUGUAAACACAAUUCCCAUUGAUCGACCAAGGAGUGCAACUCCAAUAAAUAUUGCACCUUUAGAAGCCUUUCUUAAUACAGCCUCACCUUCACCUGAUCCAAAUGUGGAAAAGAUUCGUUUAUCACUUCCAGGAGAUACUUUUACUAAUUGUACUCGAGCAAAAAGUCCACGUAAGAGUAAUCCCGCAAUUUGGCUUGAAUUUUGUGAGAAGGGGUUACACAGCCCAAAAAGUUUUACCCGUCGUCGACGAUCCACCUUAGAUAAAGACAUUUCUCCUCGUGAUUCUUUACCCAGUGGAGGCCUUGGCAUCAAAAAUCAAACAAAUGAUGCAUUCACACCGGUUACCGAGACAGCUUCACAGGCUGUUUCUCCAUUAACACCAAUCACACCUUUAGACUUUGAAGACCAAUGGACACCUUUUGGGGACAAUUUUAAUCCAUACGCUUUCAUCAAAGAAAAUCUUGAACAUCAAGUUGAAAGGUACAAGUGGAGCAUGGAAUGUGAUAAAUGUGAUUGUUUGAUUGGUAAACUGGGCAAUAUAAACUCUAAUGAUCCUUCAGGCUGCAAUACACCGGCAGAAGGUCAAAUGACUCCUUUAUCACCUCGUGAAUUAGGUGAACCCGGUGAUGAACAACCUUUAGUGUCUCCAAUUGCUUGCUCCUGUGAUUGUCAUCAUAAUAUCUCAAUUAUUCGUUCCAAUUCAAACCAGGUUAAACAGGAAGGACUUUAUUCAAUUUCAUCCGACAUCUCUUCGGCUUCCAGUCGCCUUAUUCAAGCGUCUUCAGCAUCUUCCUCAAAAAGCUCAUCCAUUGGAGAGGUUGAGGACAAGGUAUUAAGUUAAUAGUGCUUACCAGACGAAAUAAAAUCUUAAGACGAAAAACAACUUUAAUAAGGAAUAUUCUUGAAUAGUCGAUCAUCUGGAAAACAAACGGGAUAAAUGAUUGAAAAACUGUUAUACAAAUUAUAUCGUUAAUUGUUAUUGUUUUUGAUUUGAUCUUUCUUAUUCUGCGUCAACCAUUCAAUUCAAAUUCACCACAAGAAAUAGGGAAAAUGCGAGAAAAAAGGAGAAAAACCUAUUGACUGUUAUACAUUCACCUUCGUUCACCAGUUUAAUGAUUCAAAAAACAAUUAUUACAUGAUAGCUAUUAUUAUUACCAUCAUUAUUAGGAUUACAGUUGUUUAACUUGAUUCUUCAAUUUUCUCUUUUAUUGAUCAAUAUAAGCAAGAUUAGCUCUUUUCGAGUUACUUUCGGUUUUUCCAACAAAAACACAUUUUAGCGGGUCCAUGAUAUUAACAACAUUUGAUGUUAACGUUCUUAGCACAAUUCACCUUAAAUUUUCUUAUGACAGUUUACUGACCAAUUUGUUGUCUUUUCAAUGCUUAAAUUCAUCUCUUUUUAUUUCAUCUCAUGUUGCCAUUUUUCAUUCACCAAAUGUUUCCUAUCAUUUUCAUUAUCAUCUUGUGCUCUCUCCUUCAAGAAAAUAAUCCAAAUGCUUUAACCUGCCUCGUCUUGAACUUUUCUUGAACCUUUCACUGAUUGUUAUGGAAAAAAACUUCACCACUUCUUCACGAUAAGAGACCGUUUAAAACACUCACAUUUCCUGGUUCCAAAGGCCUAAUUUGAAGAUGAAAAAAUAAACUUACAAAUAAUUAUUAUUGAAAUGAUAUGAAUAAAAAUCAAAUUGACUAGUCCCAAGUCUAUUCCUUGUAAUAGUUCUGGUCAUUUCAGCCAAAACUAUUGAAAUUCCUCUUUUUUCUAAAUGUUAUUAUAAUUAUUAUACAUUGUAUAACAAUUUAAACAAAACGAAGCAAAUUCAUUACAAUAUCUGUACAAUUGUUUCCUGAAUCUUUGACAAUGGUUCAAAAACUUAAGUUUUA